AUGGAUACGAAUCAAUAUGUAGAUCCUUCCUUUUGGUGUUUUGAUGCCCUUUAUAUGCCACAACAACAUCCAGCAAGAGAUGCACAAGAUACUUUCUUUAUUCAGAACCCAGAGAACGCAAAUGCGUCUUUAUUGCCUCAACAAUUUGUUUCUGCUGUUAAACAAAUGCAUGAAAAAGGCGGUUGUGGAUCUACAGGAUGGGGAUAUACCUGGUCCCUGGAGGAAUCUCUGAAGAAUGUGAUGAGGACACACACAACUUCUGUAUCUGCUCGUUGUCUAUAUCAGAUAGCUCAAGAAUACAAAAAGACAGGACAAUUUCGUCCUCGUAAACUUUUUUCGAUCGAUCGCGUCUUUCGUAAUGAGAAUUUAGAUGCAACACAUUUGGCAGAAUUCCAUCAGGUAGAGGGAGUUGUUGCAGGUACAAACCUCUCUUUAGGUCAUUUAAUGGGUGUUAUGGAGACUUUUUAUAAGGCUAUUGGUAUUCAGCAACUUAAAUUUAAACCUACCUUCAAUCCAUACACCGAACCCUCCAUGGAGAUAUUCGGGUUUCAUCCCGGUCUUAAACGAGAGACUUCAAAGCGCACUAGUAAGAAGGUUAUUAUAGGGGCCCCUAUUAUACGCCAAUAG